GGCUGAAUGAGGAACGUCUGGCCACCCUACUUCGUAGGUGCAAUGGUAUUGGCUAAUUUGUUGUCAAUCUAUCAUGUUAGUGGCUUCCUUAGAUAUCGUGGCGGCACCACAGACAGGCACGUAAGUGGUCAAAAGCACACAGAACUACGGCAGGAAAAAUGGCAGCAUAUGUUAGCCUUGUCUUUCUGGUGACAUCUGUCUUUUUCAAGUCAACAGAGGGGAAAAAGGAUGACGUGCUUUACUGUUCAGCUUGCAGGGCAAUUGCAGAUGAACUGAAUUACUCAAUCAGUCAAGUGGACCCAAAGAAGACCAUUCAUGUGGGGAGCUUUAGACUUAAUCCUGAUGGGACUCUAACUGACCGAAAGGUUCCCCUUGCAAGAUCUGAAACUUAUAUAACGGAGCUGCUAGAAGAUAUUUGCAAUAGCAUGAACGAUUAUGCCCUUCAUGUGGACCCAGAUACCAAAGGAAAGAGUUACAAAAGAUUUGCUCCAAGAAAUGACAAAAGUGAUUUUCCAGAUUUCAAAGAUUUUCAGUUUGAUGGUCCAGAAGGUUCAAAUUCUUUGAAAUUUGCUUGUGAAAGCAUUGUUGAAGAGUAUGAAGAUGAUAUUAUUUCACUGUUUGCCCAAGAAACAGAUGAUGUGGCUGAUAAGUUGUGCAAUGUAAUAUCAGAUCACUGUAAGGGCAGUACAUACCAACAUCAGGAGCUGUAAGCUGUAGUUUCUUCUGAAAAUAAAGAAGACAUCAGUACGCCUGACACAAGCAUAUCUAUUUGGGCUAUAAAUAUGGCUCAUCAGCUGUAAAUGAAAAUGCUAAAUUGUCUUCUAUAAUAAAGUCCCAGUUUUAAGGCA